CGAUGCAGCCGGUGCCGGGGGCCACACCCUCCUCCUCCUCGUCCGGCGACGCCCGGCUCAAGCCCCCUUCCCCUUCCCCCCGCCCUUGGCACUCCCAUCUCUCCUAACUCCCUCCUAUCCCCUACUCGCCCUCUCACCCAGCUAACCCCUCUGCCCCUCCCCCGGCAUUUCUCGACAGCUCGGACCGGACCGGAUCUGCUUACUCCGUGGGCUCCGUUCAUCGCCGAGUGCUUCCACCCAGCUCUCCUCAGCAGCUCAGUGACAAGCGACUCCAUGGGUGAUUUGGCUUGUGAUUCUGAAAGAGUGCUCAUGGAGGGUCACGGUGCCUCUUCUGUCUGCAAGGAUGACAUGGUUCUGCUAGAGGAGGCACUUCCUCCAGCUGGGCAGACUCCAGGUUCUUGUGUGGAGCUCCGUCAUAACCUGGAGGGAACUCAUAAACAAGCAAGGGAUGCUGGUUCUUUGGACACUGAAGUUGAUACCUCAGGUUCUCCCAGCUCAGGAAUAAAGAGAGGCAAAGGAGGUGAUGGAAACUCCCAUGCAAUCUCCAAUUACAGUGAACCAAAGUCCUCUUCACCUUAUGAGCGCUUGCCGUCCUUUCCGUCGACGUCAAGGCUUCUCGUCUCCGCUAUGAAAGGAGGCCGUGAGAGAAGCAGCGGUGAAGCAUCGCCAACUGGAGCCCGCCACGUGAAUUGGGCCUCAGAUGUAUAUGACCCCCCAGUCACCUCUGUCGACCACACGGUGAAGGGCCACCAGCAGCGCUCCAGGUCCAGGAAGAAGGACAAGGGCAAGCAGAAACAGAAGCAGAAGAAGAGGAAGUCGCGCGGGAACGGCAAGAAGAGCGGCCUCCACGAUGCCGCCCACAACCCGCCGGGUAAGACCACAGACAUUUCGCCAUCUUCGCCCGACGAACUAGGCUUAGGCGAAGUGGAGGAGGCCGAGGUGCUGGACUACAGCGCCUUCGACAGCCAGGAGCCCAAGUGCGGAGGCGGCUUCCCACACGAGAUCGCCGCGGCGCGGACGUGUUUCCCCGCUGCCGAGGCGUCAUGAGGGCCGACGGUGGCCCAGGACCCCGGCCAGACCCCAGAGGAGGUGUAGAUAGAUACGGUUGGUGUACAUAAAUAAGAGAAAUCCAGGCUGUGUGAGUGAGAUGAGAUGAGAUGCCCUUUCUAUAUAAGCUUUUGGCUGGCGUCCUUUAUUAGUAAGUAGUGUAGCGUGCUACACGUUGUGUGCUGCUGUUUCGUUUGUAGCCACGGACUGAUGAGAUGUGCGAAUAAUUGAAUCCCCUUUUGAGGUUGAUGCCGAGUCCUUGUGCUAAUCUUAUCUUG